AUGUUCAGCCGCUCGACAAUUAAAUGCGCAGCGCGCUACAAGCGAGCGUUUUCUACGACGACGAUUCGCUCCGCGGACUUCACUCAUGCCGUUAUUGGUGCUGGUGUUGUAGGACUUUCAAUCGCGAGGCGACUUCAGUCAAGACAAGGGGCCUCCACGAUUCUUAUCGAGAGGCAUGGUCAUUUCGGCAACGAGACUAGCAGUCGGAACUCCGAGGUGAUUCAUGCGGGACUUUACUAUGGCGAGGACUCCAUGAAGACGAAGCUGUGUCUCAAGGGGAAGCAGAUGAUGUAUGACCUCUGCAAGAAAAACAGUAUAGCCCAUAACAAUUGCGGUAAAUGGAUCGUUGCACAAGACGACGCGCAAAUGGCUGCCAUCGAAAAGGUGCACGACUUCGCGCGAACUAUUGGAGUUCCCACGCACUUUGUGUCGCCCGACGAGGUCAAGCGACGAGAACCAGACAUUCGGGCGCAAGCUGGAGUGCUGGAAAGCACAACUACAGGAAUAGUAGAUAGCCAUGGGCUGAUGCAAUUCUUACAAGGCGACUACGAGGAAAACAACGGGAUUUGUGCCUUCAACGCCGCGGUCGAAUCCGUAGAGCCGAUCGACAAAGGAGCAGGAGGCUGGACUUUAUGGACCAAGGAUAGGAAGACCGGCGAGCAAAGUUCUGUUACCGUCGAGACCCUGGUCAAUUCUGCAGGUCUCGGUGCGAUCCAUAUUUCGAACAUGAUACUACCAUCCCAUAGGCAGAUCAAACCAUACUAUGCGAAAGGGUCUUACUUCUCCUACUCGCUAUCGAAACCGAGGCCGAGCAUAUUAGUCUAUCCGGCUCCUGUGCCUGGUCAUGGUGGUCUAGGCACACAUCUAACUUUGGACAUGUCGGGUAGAAUACGAUUUGGACCGGACGUAGAAUGGGUAGAUGAUCCGACUGAUCUGUCUGUGAACAGCGAUAGGCUUGAAGAAGCGAUUGACGAUAUCAAGUCCUAUCUACCCAGCAUAGAUAGCAGUGCAAUUGGGCUGGACUAUGCUGGCAUACGACCGAAGUUGGGUAAGCUUGGUGCCGUGACCAGCGGACAGGGUUUCCAAGACUUUUAUAUCAAGAAAGAGGAUGGCUUUGAAGGGUUCAUAAAUCUUUUGGGUAUCGAGAGUCCGGGGUUGACAAGUUGCUUAGCGAUCGGCGAAGAGGUCAAUGAUAUCUUGUACUGA